AUGGUGCGCUUUCCCGGCCUGUUGCGCCUCGCGCCGUCGCAACCAACGCUGACCCAUCGCAAGCUUCGUACGCUGCUGCUGGUGGCUUUCCACUCGCUCGUCGCCGCGCAAACCACGCCUGACAUCGUCUUCUCGAACGUCACCCGCUCACCCGCCAAUUCGAAUAUUACAAUAUCGUUCAAGUCGCCUGAUCCGGGAACAUGCACCACCGUCUUCGACUCGCAGAAGCAGUACUCCGGCUACAUCAGCCUUCCGCCUUACACGUUAGCGCCAAUUCAGCAGAAUUAUUCGAUUAAUACCUUCUUCUGGUUCAUAGAAGCCCGUGAGCAGCCGGAAACGGCGCCGCUCACUGUCUGGUUGAAUGGCGGCCCAGGAAGCAGCAGCAUGAUCGGCCUAUUCGAGGAAUCAGGUCCUUGUGAAAUCGUGCAAAUGUCCGACGGUUCAUACGGUACUCAGGCUAGGGCUUGGGGCUGGGACAGGAGCUCUAAUAUGCUCUACGUUGAUCAACCCAAUCUCGUCGGCCUUUCGUAUGACGACGUAACUCCGGCCUCACAGGACCUGCUGACUGGCAGCUUCAAUUACCCCCCUGGGGAUGUUCCAGCCGGACAACCGUCCUGGUCGUACAUCAACGGCUCUUUUGGUAGCGGCAAUAAUUAUGCAACUGCGAACACUACUGAAAUUGCGGCGCAUGCUAUCUGGCAUUUUCUUCAGGCUUUCCUAGGCACUUUCCCUCAGUACAAUCCUGGAGUGGGAUCAAACAGCUCUUCAGUCGAAGCAGCAGGAAUCAAUCUCUUUGCUGAGAGCUACGGUGGUCAAUAUGGCCCUACCUUUGCAAGAUUAUUUGAGGAUCAAAAUGCUAAACGGAACAACGGCACCAUAUCAUCCGCCGACACUCUUGAGAUUAAACUCACUUCUCUCGGCAUUAUCAAUGGCUUUAUUGACAUGAUGAUACAAGCGCCUUAUUAUGCUUCUUUCGGUAAUAAUAACACGUACGACAUACAGCUGUUUGAUACCACCGACAAGCUCAACCUACUUUAUGCCUUUAACAAGCCAAAUGGAUGCUCCGCCCAGAUCAAGGCUUGCCGAAAUGUCUCUAGUAUCUACGACCCAGAAGGUGAAGGUGACGUAACCAGCGUGAACGAAGCCUGUUCCUCCGCCGUUACCGCAUGUAACGCGCUCCAAGCAACCUACAGCAAGUCCGGGCGCAGCGUGUACGACAUCAGACAAGAGCUUCCGGAUGUCAUACCAUCAGGAGACUAUAUGGAGUACUUGAACUACGCCAGCGUGCAAAAGAGUAUAGGAGCCCGUAUCAACUACACAGAGAGCAACCUCAACGUGCAGAAGGGAUUCAUCACAACAGGCGACAGUAUCCGUGGCAACCAGCUCGAAGAUCUCGCUUACCUCCUUUCAAAUGGUGUUCGUGUUGCCAUCAUCAACGGCGAUGCUGAUUACGUCUCCAACUGGCUCGGUGGCGAGGCCGUAUCCCUGCAGCUGGCCGCAUCUGUCCCUGCGUACGCGAGUGCGUUCCAAGCCGCCGGCUACGCGGACAUCAUCGUAAACAACAGUUACGUUGGCGGCGCAGUUCGCCAAUUCAGUAACCUAUCAUUCUCACGCAUCUACGAUGCCGGACACAUGGUCCCCGCCUACCAACCCGAGACCGCCUUCACCCUCUUCACCCGCAUCAUCGAGGGCAUGGAUCUGGGAACCGGAAAGGCCAUCGCGGACGUCAACACCUUCUACACACACGGCUCAAAGAACGCCACGCACACCAACGACGUGACGUCCAGCACGGCGUCGCCGACGUGCUGGAUCCGCAAGAUCAAUGACAGCUGCUCGUCGGACCAGAUCGAGGAGAUCAAGGAUGGCAAGGGCGUCGUGCUGAACGGCAUGUGGUUCGAGGACGACGACGACUUCGACCCGCCCGCGACGAGCGUGCUGGCCGGCAAACCGGGAACACCACUCCCGAGCGCCAGCAUCAGCGCGAGCGUCGUCACGGCCAAGGGUAGCACCGGCGGCGUCGAGAGCAGCACCGUCGUGCCGACUGGCGUGUACGUCGCCACCGCCACCCCGACCAGCACUGGUGCUGCGAAGCCCCAGGUGACGCGGUUUGCGGGCGCUGGUGUGGCUGCUGUUGUUGCUCUGGCGGCUGGGUUGGUGCUUUGA